AUGAGCGGGCUCCGAGCGUCCGGCGUGCGGCCGGUGCCGACCUGCCUGCUCCUGCUGGGGCUGCUCCUGCCCGCCGCCGCCGCGGGCGCGGGGUGCGAGCUGGAGGCUGCGGACGGCGGCGGCGGCGGCCGGCGGGGAGGACGGGGAGGCGCGGCCGCCUCUGCGGCGGAGCCGGUGACAGAUCCCUGCAGUUCACUCAGCCCACCGUGCUUUACUGAGGAGGACCGAUUCAGCCUAGAAGCUCUCCGCAUGAUCCAUAAGCAAAUGGAUGAUGACAAAGAUGGUGGCAUCGAAGUAGAUGAAAGUGAUGAGUUUCUAAGGGAAGAUAUGCAAUACAAGGAUGCAUCAAAUAAACACAGUCACCUGCACAGAGAAGACAAGCAUAUCACCAUUGAGGAUCUGUGGAAACGCUGGAAAACAUCUGAAGUUCAUAACUGGACUCAAGAGGACACUCUUCAGUGGCUCUCAGACUUUGUUGAAUUGCCCCAGUAUGAAAAGAAUUUUAGAGACAGCAAUGUCAAUGGAACAACACUUCCCAGGAUAGCAGUAAAUGAACAUGCUUUCAUGAUCUCUCACUUGAAAAUAAUUGACCGGAGUCACAGACAGAAGCUUCAGCUUAAAGCCUUGGAUGUUGUUUUAUUUGGACCUCUCACCCGUCCCCCUCACAACUGGAUGAAGGAUUUUAUAUUAACAGUUUCUAUAGUUAUUGGUUUUGGAGGCUGCUGGUUUGCAUAUACACAGAACAGAACCUCAAGAGAACAUAUCACAAAAAUGAUGAAGGACUUAGAAAGUCUCCAAACAGCAGAGCAAAGUCUUCUUGACUUGCAGGAAAGGCUUGAGAAAGCACAAGAAGAGAAUAGAAACGUUGCUGUUGAAAAGCAAAAUCUGGAGCGCAAAAUGAUGGAUGAGAUCAAUGAUGCAAAACGUGAAGCUCAUCGCCUAAGGGAAUUGAGAGAGGGAGCUGAAUGUGAGCUCAGCAGGCUCAAAUAUGCAGAGGAAGAGUUAGUACAGGUUCGUAUGGCUUUAAAAAAGGCUGAGAAGGAGUUUGAGUUGAGAAGUAAUUGGUCUGUUCCUGAAGCUUUGCAGAAGUGGCUUCAGUUAACACAUGAAGUCGAAGUACAAUAUUACAAUAUCAAAAGACAGCAUGCAGAAAUGCAAUUAGCAAUUGCUAAAGAUGAGGCAGAAAAGAUAAAAAAGAAGAGAAGCACUGUAUUUGGAACAUUACAUGUUGCACACAGCUCCUCCCUGGACGAAGUGGACCAUAAAAUCCUUGAAGCAAAGAAAGCUCUCUCUGAGCUGACGACGUGUUUGCGAGAGCGGCUUUAUCGAUGGCAACAGAUUGAGAAGAUUUGUGGGUUUCAAAUCGCACACAAUUCUGGGCUGCCAAGCUUGACCUCAUCUCUCUACUCUGAUCACAGCUGGGUAGUUAUGCCUCGAGUUUCCAUUCCUCCCUACCCAAUUGCAGGGGGAGUUGAUGACUUAGAUGAAGACACUCCUCCAAUAGUCUCACAGUUUCAUGGGUCCAUUGUAAAACCUCCCAGCACACUGGCAAGAAGCAGUAGCUUGUGUAGAUCAAGACGCAGUGUUGUGCCAUCAUCUCCACAGUCUCAGCACGCUUUGCACUCCCCUGACCCUGACAUCCUUUCUGUGUCGAGCUGCCCAGCUCUCUAUCGAACUGAAGAGGAGGAGGAAGCCAUUUACUUCUCUGCUGAUAAACAAUGGGAAGUACAGGAAACAGGUUCGGAAUGUGACUCCUUAAAUUCAUCCAUUGGAAGAAAACAGUCUCCUCCAGCAAGUCUUGAGAUGUACCAGACAAUUUCUCCUCAGAAAGUAUCGCCAGAGGAAUUCUCACUUGAGGAAUCAUCUACAGGAGACUCCUCUUCUCUAACUGCAGAUGUUUCUAGGGGCUCUCCUGACUGUGUAGGCAUGGCAGAAACUAAGAGCAUGAUCUUUAGUCCUGCAAGCAAAGUUUAUAAUGGAAUCCUGGAGAAGUCUUGCAGCAUGAACCAGCUUUCAACUGGGAUCCCAGUCCCAAAGCCUCGUCACACCUCGUGUUCUUCAACCGGCAGUGAUAGUAAACCCAGCCAUGAAGCUGCUUCUGUCCCCAGGAUAAGCAGCAUCCCACAGGACCUCUACCAGAACGGUGAAAAAAAUAAAAAGCCAUCAAAAAUUAAAAACCUCUUUAAGAAGAAGUGCAAGUGAGGCGGGCAGAAGAAAACCUAUAGUAAUACUAUAAGAACUCUAUUUUUUAAAUUCUUAAGAAUGUAAUUCCAUUUGAGCAUUGCAGACUGGAUGCCCUAAUGGAAUACUCUGUAGGUCACCUAUAUUUAAUGACUGUACUGUCAACGGUUGUGCCAGCUGUCAAUGAGAAAUCAUUAAAAAGUUUAGACAGUUUACAUUAAUUUCUGCCUAUUUAUUUCUUUAUUUUUUUAGUUUGUCUUUUUCAGGCUUUUUUUUUUUAAUUUGAUUUGUUGGGCUUUUUUUAAGUUUGUUCAUAAACCAUUUUUAAGCCACUUUGGACUCCUAAGCUUUAAUGGACUAGUAAGCCUUCCUGGGCUUGCCAAAGUUUCUUGUUUACUGGAGCAUCUUCCUAUCUUUCCAUAAAAAUAGAACAUUUAUCUACUGGACUUUAACAAAAAUAAAAGAAGUAGAACUAAAUGAAUUGCACUACUGUUUUACAGACUGGAACAGUCUCUGCAAGUGAAACUGAAAGACUUGUAUUUGACUGAGAAGAUAAAUCUUUUCACUUUUAGAUCUUUGGGGUUUUUAAGUAGAAUUUAGCAUUUCUAAUUGACUUGAUUUCUGGAAAUGGAAAUGUCAUGCUUUUAUUAUGGGAAGCUUUGUUAGAUGCAUUUAUUAUUAGAAUGGUUCAAGUCCUGCUGCAAAGAUCAUUUUUUUCCCAGGACUUUCACUGUGAUUUUAAUUCACUGCAGGCUGUAUGACAAAAAGAAAAAAAAAAAAAGAAAAAAAAAAGAAAAAAUGUAACUUGCCAAGAGAAAAGGCUCUUGAUUCCUUAUGCAAGAUGGUUGUGAAACUUGACUGGAUACUGAAAAAAAUUAACCCCUCAAAAUGAGGAGGGGGAAUAGUAGAUCUUGUUUACAGAAUGACAGACUAUGGACAUUUGGGUUGUGAAAGUCUGUACUGUGGUAAAGAUUAAUAAAUUGGAAAUGUUAAUGCGCUUGGGAAUGUUCCAAUUUUAGCUGAUGCUUGUUUCAGACAUGUUUCAGAGGUCCUGUUAAUUGGAAGCUGUUGUAGGCUACAUUGCUUAUGCUUACUGCUGUGUAUAAGUUAUUUUUUUGAAUUAGCUAUUAUUGUCUUAAU